AUGGAGCUGUCUCUGUCUUCAGCAACCUCGAGAGGUUACACACAUAACUCAUCACCAGAGCCGUUUCUGCUUAAAAGAGUGAAACUUCCUACUUGGGAUCGUCAUUUAUUGUCCCUCUCUCCAACCAGAGUAAGACCACAACCUUUAUUUGCUCAAACUGGAACCCACUAUGCUAAGGAUAAAUCUGUGAAGGUUGUAUGUUGUCUAAAGAGGGAAGCUACCGUAGUCGUCGAGGGCAGGUGUAUAGAUGAAGUAUACGAUGCUUUGGCCGAACGCCUUGUUCCUACAGCAGCAGCAAUGUCAAAUCCAAAUUUGAAGUAUAUUGUUGGUUUGGCUGGGUCUCCUGGAUCUGGAAAGAGCACUAUUGCAUCUGAAGUUGUGCGACGUGUAAACAGAUUAUGGCCCCAGAAAGCUUGUGCUUUGGAUUCUCAAGUUAGUCCUCCAGACGUGGCUAAAGUUAUUCCCAUGGAUGGGUUCCAUCUUUAUUGUUCCCAGCUGGAUGCAAUGGAGAAUCCUGAGGAAGCUCAUGCAAGAAGGGGAGCUCCAUGGACCUUUAACCCUGAGCUACUACUCAAGUCUCUCAAGACUCUGAGAAGUCAGGGAUCAGUUUAUGCACCGUCAUUUGACCAUGGUGUUGGUGAUCCAGUAGAAGAUGAUAUCUUUGUGAGCCUUCAACAUAAAGUGGUCAUAGUAGAAGGAAAUUAUUUAUUGUUAGAUGAUGGGAUUUGGAAGGAAAUAUCAGCCAUGUUCGAUGAGAAGUGGUUUGUUGAGAUUGACAUUGAUAAAGCUAUGGAACGAGUUCGAAUGAGACACAUCUUAACGGCAGGAAAGCCCCCAGAUGUUGCUAAAUGGCGGAUUGAGUACAACGACCGGCCAAAUGCCGAGAAAGUAAACAAAUCAAAGAAGAAUGCUGAUUUGAUAAUUAGGUCAAUCGACUAUUGA